GCGACGUUAUUGACGGAGUUACUCAGCAUCUCCUUAAAGUGCUGUCCCAGCUAAGGAGUGAACAAUACACCACCGAAAGCAUGAGGAUUUCAAUGUUGAUGUCUCUCAUCAGGCCGACUGCGCCGAUUAUUCUGGGCAUCUCUCUGGGAUUCUCUCUGAGUCUCUUGAGCGGCACCUGGGUGGAUGAGUCCUGCGACUCUGACUCCGACGAGAUGCUCAUAGCGCAGCCUGGGAGUUUGAAGGGGGCCCGUAAACCUAGUUCGGUAUUCUCUGGCACCACUAGUAACAACGGAAACCUCGAAAAGGAUUUUGAGCCCAAAAUAGUGCCAUACAAUAAGCCUGCCCAACAAGGACCUCCAAAAAAAGUGUUCAGAGCCAUGUAUGCCAGCACAGAGCUUGGAAUUCGUGAGCGUCUCUUUAUUUCAGUAUUUACCUCUAAAACCACUCUGAACACAUUAGCUGUGGCUAUCAACCGGACCCUCAACCACCAUCUGGAUGGCCGACUCAACUUCUUUACAGGCACUCGCAAUCGUAAGCUUCCACAUGGAAUGAUUGUGGUUUCCCAUGGUGAUGAACGUCCAGUCCUAAACAUGUUCCACUCUGUCCAAUAUCAUCUAGAACACCACAUUGCUGAGUAUGAUUGGUUCUACUUUGUUCAGGAUGACACCUACACCCAGCCCGAUAGACUUAAGACCUUAGUGAGCCAUCUGAGCAUGGACCUUAAACUUUACAUGGGCCACCCAGGAGAGUUCAGUGGAGGUAAAACACAGGGGAGGUAUUGCCAAAGUGGACCAGGUUUUCUAUUGUCCCGUGCAGUACUUCUGAAGCUCCAGCCUUUCUUGGAGCAAUGUAGGACUGACAUCGUAAGUGUCAGACCUGAUGAGUGGCUCGGUCGCUGUAUCAUUGAUUAUGCUGGCAUCAGCUGUGUGAAGGAAUAUGAGGGGCUGAAUUAUAAUUAUUUUGCAAUGGAAAAUAAUAUGGACCCUAACAGAAUGGGAGAUUAUGGAUUCCAGAAUGCUCUCACCGUUCAUCCUGUGACCAGUGCAGAACUUAUGUACCGUCUGCACAAACAUUUUACGGAAAUAGAGCUGCAGAGGACCUAUGAAGAAAUUGAGAAACUGCAGUCAGAGAUAAAGAAUGUCAGUGAAGUAGCAGUGGAUGGAAACAAGAGUGAUCUGUGGCCCAUUGGCAUCACUCCUCCCUUUGAACCCAAGAGCCGCUUUGAGGUAUUGCGUUGGGACUACUUCACCGAAAAGCAUCUGUUCUCCUGCGUGGAUGGCGCCCCCAGGUGUCAGCUCAAUGGCGCUGAUCGUGACGAUGUAGCUGAUGUCAUCGGGGUUGCUGUUGCAGAGCUCAACAAGAAAUACACCCCUGUUGUUCAGCUGAGCGCUCCACAGCUGGUGAACGGUUACCGACGCUUUGACCAUACACGUGGUAUGGAGUAUACCCUGGACCUGCAGUUCCAGGCCACGACUGAGUCUGGUCACCAAAAACCCAUUGCCCGGCGUGUACAUCUUGUGCGACCCCUCAGCCAGGUAGAGAUUAUACCUAUGCCUUACGUCACUGAGGCUACACGGGUACACAUCCUCCUACCUCUUGCCAGUUUUGAGUCCCAUGUAGCGCUGCAUUUCUUAGAUCACUGCUCCUCCAACCUGUUAGAGAUGGGUGAGAAUGCAGUUCUUAACUUUCUGUUCACCUACGAACCUGCUGAGGCCCAGAAAGUGAGUAAAAAUGAUGUCUUUUCAGAGGUCAAAAUGAAGGUCGCUACACUUGAGCGCAGAUAUCCAAGCAUUAAGGUGUCAUGGAUAAGCAUAAAGACAGAGAGUCCUGGUGUCCUGCGGAUCCUGGACAUUGUUUCUAGGAAGCACCCGGUGGACACACUCUUCCUCCUGGUCACACCUGACACCGUAAUCAACUCAGAGUUCUUGAAUCGCUGCCGCAUGAAUGCCAUUAGUGGCAGACAGGCUUUCUUUCCCAUCCACUUCCAAGAUUUUGAUCCCCGUGUAGCUUAUCCUGAACAGACACCUCCUGCCUCACCAGACCUUGUCAGGGAAGCGGGUCAUUUUGACCACUACACUUUUGUGGAGGCAUGCUUCUACAACUCUGACUACAUGACAUCGCGCACACGGAUGCCUGGGGAUCUACCUGAGAAUGAGGAGUUGCUGGAGAGCUUGGACCUUUAUGAUGUGUUUGUGCAGUACUCGGGACUGCACGUCUUCCGUGCUGUCGAGCCUGCUUUGCAUCAGGCAUAUCGCAACCGGACUUGUGAUCCACGGCUAAAUGAGGUUGCGUUCCACCGAUGUCUGCGGAGCACAUUGGAGGGGCAAGGGUCACGUUCCCAGCUGGCCAUGCUAUUAUUUGAACAAGAGCAAGGCAAUAGCACCUGAGGAGCUUCGUAAGUAGCAACAGUGAGGUAACUCUUAACUGUAGCAUGGCUAAAUGCUACCAGUACAACUUCUCAACAUCUAGAAAGUAGCUCUCUAGUUAAAGAUGUCUGAUUAGCCAAGAGCUGUGUUUGACUAUUAUGUUUUCGGAGAUCUGUAUCUUGCUGUAUCCAUAGAGAAAUGGUCUCCAAAGUAUUCUGAGACCAUGACAUAUUGUCUAUAUCUAUAGUUGCAUAUCUUCCAUGAGCAACUGACUUAGUUAACUGGUAAUGCACUAAAGAAAUCUUACUUUCACCUCUCUUCUCAUCUGUACUGUACUUUUUGGAGCAAUUUUUUAACUUUUGUAUUGCCGCUCCUGUAAUUUUGCUGCACCUCAAGGAUGAAGUGCUUUUUGGGGUUGUAUUCCUCAAUUGUAAAUGUAAUGCAUCUAAAAGACUGUUAGAGUUUGUGGCGGAGCUGGAACAGUGAAUGUGAAUCGAAUUAUAGUGAAAGCAUUUGUUUUGCAUCUUUUAUUGUAGCAGCAGCUAAGAAAACAAAGGAUAAUGAAUGUUUACAACAAAACUGGACAAUUCAGAAAGGGCAAAUGUAUAGAAGUAUUUCCAAAAUUUCUUAUGCAUUAUUCCAGUUUUCUGAAUCCACCCAUGUUGGAAAUGCCUUCGAGUCUUUCAACCACACUUCCUUUUCCGGUUAGAUGUGGAUGACUAUGGCAACCUUGAAAUUCAUCUCGUCUAUGCAACCAACCUAUAAAAUGAACCAAAAACCACUUCUAUGUUUUGCACAAAAGUAUGAAUAUAUAUAAUGCAAUAUGAUUUCACUGGUGCUUUGUUUAUUUGUUUGGUUUUCUAUUCUUUAUCAAAAACAUGUUUAUGAGUAGAGUACCUAGAGUAGAGUUUAUGUGUUGAGCUCUGCUGAACUGACAUGCUGUAAUGAGAUUAUAGAGUUAGGGCAUUGCACUGCAGAUGUUUACUUUUGUGCACCGUGCUGCUGCUAACACAAACUGUUACAGAUAAAGAGCCUUAGAGGCUCAAAUUAUAUUUUUGUUGAAAAUCUGUCAAUUUAUGUGAGGGUACAUUUUCAUCUAUUAUUAUUAUAAUUAUUAUGUAUGAUCACAACCAAUCCACAACUUCUGUUAUGCAUGCAAUGCAUUAGUGUAUCAUGUGAUAUUCAGAUAAAAACAACUUGUGU